AUGGAAAGGAAAGGCAUAGAUGAAGUGGAAGUGAAUGAUAUAAUCAAGGCAGGUUUAUGCAUUGAAGAGGCCAAAGAAUUUCACGAAAUCCUCAAAGAAACAAUUGGUGCUGUUAAAGGGUCAGACCUUAGAGAGUUGUGGCAAAAGCUGGUGGCUAAAAGAGUGCUAAAGCCAUGGCAUCCACAUGGUUUGCACCAACUGGUUUACUACUCUGUCUAUGCUCACUGGGAUUCCACCACCAAUGGACCUCCUCUUUACUGGUUCCCUUCUCUGGAUCAGUCAAAACAUACAAACCUGGGAAGGAUCAUGGAAGUUCAUGGUCCGAGGCUUUUAGGGACUUCGUACAAGGACCCUAUUUCAAGUUUUAGCCUCUUUCAGAAAUUCACGGUUCAACAUCCUGAGGCUUAUUGGUCAAUUCUUCUGAAAGAGCUUCCGGUUGAAUUUCGUGAACCGCCAAGGUGCAUUCUGGACACCACUGACAAAUCAAAACCUGGAGGAACUUGGCUUCCAGGUUCAGUUUUGAAUAUUGCCGAAUGCUGUUUACAGCCCUGUCGACAUCCUAGGAAAAAUGAUGAUGGUUUGGCUGUCAUAUGGAGAGAUGAAGGCUGUGAUUCCCAACUUAAUUGUAUGACAUUGCAAGAACUUCGCGAACGAGUAAUGUUGGUUGCUAAUGCAGUGGAUGCCGCAUUUUCGAAGGGUGAUGCAAUUGCAGUUGACAUGCCGAUGACUGUCAAUGCGAUAAUAAUAUAUUUUGCGAUUAUUCUAGCAGGAUGUGUUGUUGUAUCCAUUGCUGACAGCUUUGCAGCAACGGAAAUCGCCACUCGUUUGCGUGUGUCUAAUGCAAAGGGUAUCUUUACUCAGGAUUUUAUACUGAGAGGGGGACGAAAAUUCCCCUUAUACAGUCGAGUCGUAGAAGCUGCUGCGCAUAAAGCUAUUGUGCUCCCUGUGAGUGGGAAAGAUGUAGGCAUUAAAUUAAGAGAACAAGAUCAAUCUUGGGGAGAUUUCCUUGCCAGUGUCAAACACCUUCAAAGACCAAAUCAUUUCUCUCCGGUUUAUAAUCCGAUAGACUUUCCGACUAACAUACUCUUUUCAUCUGGAACCACAGGAGAACCAAAAGCUAUAUCAUGGACACAGCUUUCGCCAAUUCGAGCAGCUAACGAUGGAUGGGCUUACGUUGACCUUCAAGUUGGAGAUGUUUUCUGCUAUCCUACAAAUUUAGGAUGGGUAGCAGGACCAAUUGUGCUUUAUGAAGCCUUUCUAAGUGGUGCAACUUUUGCUCUAUAUCAUGGAUCUCCUCUUGGCCGUGGUUUCGGAAAAUUUGUUCAGGAUGCUGGAGUGACUAUUUUGGGCACAAUUCCAACUAUUGUAAAAGCUUGGAAGAGUACAAAUUGCAUGGAAGGCUUAGAUUGGACAAAGAUAAGAUCCUUUGUUACUGCUGGAGAAGCCUCCGAUGUUGACGAUGGCCUUUGGCUUUCUUCAAGAGCUUAUUACAAGCCCAUUAUUGAAGUUUGUGGAGGCACAGAGCUUGCAUCAAGCUACCUCCAAGGAACUCCACUGCAGCCACAAGCCUUUGGAGCAUUAAGCACUGCCUCUAUGGCUACCGGCGUUGUCAUCCUUGAUGACAACGGAGUUCCUUACCCAGAUGAACAACCUUGUGUUGGUGAGGUGGGCUUAUUUCCUUUAAUCAUGGGAGCAUCAGAUAAAUUGCUUAAUGCCGAUCAUGACAGAAUUUACUUCAAGGGAAUGCCAAUGUAUAAAGGAAUGCAACUCAGGAGACAUGGAGAUAUCAUCAAGAGAACCGCUGGAGGCUAUUUCAUUGUACAAGGCAGAGCUGAUGACACUAUGAAUCUUGGUGGCAUUAAGACAAGUUCCGUCGAAAUCGAGCGUGCGUGUAACGAUGUUGAUCAAAGCGUAGCGAUAACUGUUGCAAUUAGUGUAACACCAGUAUAUGGAGGUCCAGAAGUCCUUGUAAUGUUUGUUGUACUGAAGGAAGGAUAUAAUUCAAAACCAGAAGAAUUGAAGAAGAAAUUUACCAGAGCCAUACAGACCAACCUCAAUCCUUUGUUUAAGGUAUUCCUUGUCAGGAUUGUUCCUGAUAUUCCUAGAACUACUUCUAACAAGUUAUUAAGGAGGGUUUUAAGGGAUCAAAUGAAGGAGGAGUUGUCUGUUCGAAGUAAGAUAUAA